UAUUACUAAAAGGGCAAAACCCUUCACCGCCGCUUGGAUCCUCCUCUCUCUCCCUCUCUCUCACUUUCUUAUCGUCUUCCUAUACCCUUUGUCGGAGGAAGAACCCUAGAAAUCGAAAUAACAAGAUGAAUAGGGAGAAGUUAAUGAAGAUGGCUAACACUGUCCGCACUGGCGGAAAGGGAACAGUAAGAAGAAAGAAGAAGGCAGUUCACAAGACGAACACCACCGAUGACAAGAAGCUACAGAGCACUCUUAAGAGAGUUGGAGUCAACUCCAUUCCCGGGAUCGAGGAAGUUAACAUCUUUAAGGAUGAUGUUGUCAUUCAGUUCAUUAACCCUAAGGUUCAAGCCUCUGUUGCUGCUAACACAUGGGCUGUGAGCGGUACCCCACAGACCAAGAAAUUGCAAGACAUACUUCCUCAGAUUAUCAGCCAACUCGGGACUGAUAACUUGGAAAACCUGAAGAAGCUAGCUGAGCAGUUCCAGAAACAGCCACCAGGUGGAGCUGAUAUUCCAGCAACUAUCCAAGAAGAGGACGACGAUGAUGACGUCCCUGAUCUUGUCGUGGGAGAGACGUUCGAGACUCCAGCUGCUGAAGAAGCUGCUCAGCCCAAAGCUGCUGCUUCUUAAGAGGAAGAAUAAGAAGAGCUCACACCCCUCCACCUUUUUUUGAGCACCUUUCAGAUUCUUGUUUUCUCUUAAAUCUUUUUUGCGAACAGAAAGACUGAUGUUUUUGUUUAUUAUCACUUGUCCAGACACCAAUGAUCCUUUUAUUAAGGUUAGAUCGGUUUCUA